CACCACCAACAACAACACCAACAACAACAUCAUCGUCGUCGUCCCAUCUGGAGGUAGCAGUACCGUAAACCACAGUGUCCCUAUCGCGGUUCUCCCUCACAUUUCAUCUUAUCGAAUUGAGCACUCUGCGAGCAAAAAGCCAGCGACGACAUCUAUUGCAUCAAUUGAUUUACUCCCGUAAUUCUUCUCCUUCACAUCGCAGCGAUGAUGAACCGGCAUAUCUUCUCGGCUGCCUCGAAGAAAUUCGGACGGGGUAAGCUCUCCGCGCAGAGCGCACGUUCCGUCACGAUGUUGUCUUCGGUGUCGGGAUCGUCUGUCGCGAACGGAGCGUGUGCSAUCGAUCAACGGGCUUCCUUCGCUGCGAAGCACAACAGCAGCAAGGACAACGCCACUGCCCUUGUCCGCAGCUUCUCGAGCAUGUCACUGAGACGCCCACCCGCGAAGCACAGCCAAGGCAGAGGCAACGGCAACGGAAAAGGGGACAGAAAGCAAAAAUGGAGGUCGCACGCGGUGUCCCUGGAUUUUGGCAACUACCAGGACGACUUUGCAGACGACCAGGACGAUGAGUACUAUUACAGCAACACCGAUGCCGCGCUGGCUUCUCCCGAUGCAAGAGGMGGUGGSUCCUCCUCCUCCUGGCACGAGGAAGAAUCUCAACUGGCCGAGAAKGUCCAGGAAAUUCAGCGCCAGGAGGAUGAGCGCCGAAAACGCUGGCUGGAAAACGCGAAACCUCCGGUCCGRCGCCCAAUCAUCGACGAGCGGGGCCGGGCCUACGGCCGCGGUGGCCGCAAGACGGCAUCGGCCCGCGUAUGGAUCCAGCCCGGCUUUGGAACUGUUGUCGUCAACAAGAAGGACUUUGUGGAGUACUUUGACCGGAUGACGGACCGCGAACUAAUCCUGGAGCCCCUGGCGGCUACGGAAACGCUGGGCCGUUUCGACGUUACGGUCACCGUUGAGGGCGGUGGAUUGACCGGSCAGGCCGGGGCUAUUCGGCACGGCUUAGCGAGAGCCCUCAACCAUUACAAUCCCGACGAAUACCGUCCACCGCUGAAGCGCUUGGGAUACCUGACCAGAGAUCCCCGAAAGGUGGAACGAAAGAAGAUUGGACACCUCAAGGCCCGAAAGAAACCACAAUGGGUAAAGCGUUAGGUUCUUUAUUAGUAACAUGGUGAUUGAGUCUAUUCUAUUAUAUUCUUGCGUGUCUCUUGUCUUGUAAAAUAAUAUACUUCGAGUACU